GUCAAGGUUUUGCUUUGUCAUUCGCGCGGCACUGCGGCCCAUUUGGCUGCUUGAAUAAUUCGGCCCGAAAAAUCGACUGCUCGCAUUGUCAGUUUGGCUAUCGCCAAAAUUCGCUUAUUAUUUCUCUGUUCUGGCUUGCAGACUGCGCUGGGUGGUUGAUGGCCUGGCAGUGCUGUUUUCCAAGCAUGCACAACACAAGUCCCGAAACGAGAACCAAUGGCGCGUUGGCCAGCGGCGUCAGUGAGCGUGUGGCCAUCCUGGACGCAGGGGCGCAGUACGGAAAGGUCAUUGACCGCAAAGUGCGAGAGCUGCAGGUCGAGAGUGAACUUCUUCCCCUCGACACUCCUGCUUUCACCAUCAAGGAAAAAGGAUACAAAGCUAUUAUUAUUUCGGGCGGACCGAACUCCGUAUAUGCAGAGGAUGCGCCAAGAUAUGAUGCCGAUAUCUUUAGAAUUGGAAUUCCUGUCCUUGGUAUUUGCUAUGGUAUGCAAAUGAUGAACAAGGAGUUCGGUGGGCAGGUGGUGCGCAAAGAUGUGAGGGAGGACGGUCAGUUCAGCAUCGACGUGGACGAAAAGUGCCUACUCUUUAAAGGUCUUCAAAAGGACCAGCUAGUGUUGCUCACACAUGGGGACAGCAUUGAUAAGGUUGCUGAGAACUUCCGAGUCAUUUCGAUGUCUGGCUCGAUAGUGGCUGGAAUUUGCCAUGACAAACUGAGACUCUACGGUGUGCAGUUCCACCCUGAAGUGGAUUUGACUCCAAAUGGUCAGAUGAUGAUGAGGAACUUCCUCUUCGACAUUGCUGGCCUAACGGGUAAUUUCACUCUGCAAGGCAGAGAAGAGGAGUGUAUCAAAUACAUCAGGGAGACCGUUGACAAGAACAAAGUUUUGUUGUUAUGCAGCGGUGGAGUCGAUUCCACUGUUUGUGCUGCCUUGUUGCACAAAGCGCUCAGGGAUGACCAAGUCAUUGCUGUGCACAUUGACAAUGGUUUCAUGAGAAAAAAUGAAAGUCAGAAAGUUGAAGAGUCGCUUGGAAACUUAGGUCUUAAAAUGAGAACUAUAAACGGGACUCAGAAAUUUUCCUACGCCUCGACAGUCAUUCCAGCCGAUAAACGUGAUCCUACCUCAAGGGCACAUGUGACAAAAACUCUCAACGCAACAAUUUCUCCUGAAGAAAAGAGGAAAAUUAUUGGUGAUACGUUUGUACACGUGGCUAACGAAAUUAUUCAGGAGCUUAACCUCCGUCCCGAAGAAGUUUUCCUUGGCCAAGGAACCCUUCGCCCCGACCUUAUUGAGUCUGCCUCGAGUCUUGCAAGUGCCAAGGCUGACGUCAUCAAGACCCACCACAACGACACUGAACUAGUGAGACAGCUCCGUAGCGCUGGCCGUGUUGUGGAACCGCUCAAAGACUUCCACAAGGAUGAGGUCCGAAACUUGGGCCGUGACCUGGGACUGCCAAACGAUAUGGUCAUGCGUCAUCCCUUCCCUGGUCCAGGCUUGGCCAUGCGAGUGCUGUGUGCUGAGGAGCCUUACAUCGAAAAGGACUUCUCCGAGUCUCAGGUGGUUGUCAAGAUCAUCGUUGAGUAUCACCAGAUGGUUCAAAAGAACCAUGCUCUACUGAAUAGAAUUGAAAAUGCUACAACGGAGGGUGAAAGGAAGCAUCUUCAAGUUAUUUCAAGCAAGCAGCAACUUGCUGCAUUACUUUUACCAAUUAGAAGUGUUGGAGUUCAGGGUGACAGUCGGAGUUAUAGUUACGUUGUUGGCAUCUCCAGCGACACGCCGCCCAUUUGGGACGAUUUAAUGUUCCUCGCCCGGAUCAUCCCCAGGAUCUGCCACAACAUCAACCGAGUGUGCUACAUAUUUGGCAAAAUGGUCCGGGAUCCUGUGCUAGAUGUUACACCCACCUACCUUACAUCAGGCAUCAUCAGCACUGUGAGGCAGGCUGACCACAUUGCUAACCAGGUGCUGAUCAGCUCAGGCUUCUACAGCCAACUGAGCCAGAUGCCAGUGGUGCUUAUUCCCCUCCACUUUGACCGUGAUUCUAUUGGCCGUGUUCCUUCUUGCCAACACUCUGUUGUCCUUCGGCCGUUCUUGACUCAAGACUUUAUGACUGGUAUGCCGGCAACCCCUGGCAAGGAAAUUCCCGAGGAAGUGGUUGCCAGAAUGGCAAAUGACGUGGCAACUGUACCUGGCAUUUCCCGUGUGCUCUAUGACCUGACUUCAAAGCCGCCUGGAACCACUGAGUGGGAGUGAGCGGUGCCCACAUUUAUCAGAAAGAACACAACAUAUUUGUUGUUUGCUUAUUGUUGUGUGCCUCGAAGACUCUCGAGUGUUGUUCAACUCUUGUUUCGGUGAUAUUUGAAACGCCGCAGGACUUGUACACGACGAACAAAUUUCCCUUCCGCCAGGUUGCAAUUGCAAUGUCUCAUUUGGAUAAAUACUUUUAAUUGUCAAUGUUCUAUGGAUUGGCAUCUGGGCAGAAUAGUAUGCUUCGUUAUUUAUACAAUUAAAAUGUGGUCAGUGUAAAAUUGUUUCUAGACAUGCCGGUUAACCUAGUUAAAAGUCAGUUGUUUCUCUCAGUUGAUUUCAUUCUGUUCAAGAUUCGACGGUUAUAUUCAAAAUCAGUUUUUCCCGAAUCUAGGCUUUUCUACGCGUGUGCUUGCAAUGUCAUCUACUUCAAGGACGUAGCGGGACAUAGUGAAUUUGCUGGCAUCCCCGAGAUAUGAAUGGGGUGGAUUGCAAGUUUAAGUUUUAAAAGUUGAUAAAUUUUGAUUACGCAACCUGAACAAAAUGUUUUGUCUGUGAAUACUUAUUUUUAAGCAUUGCUAUGGCAUAAAUAAAAUUAUGUGGAUUAUAAUAUAAAUCAUUUCCUUAGCUCUCUAAAAUGGGUUUA